AUGAUCAGUGUGCCCUGAUGAUCAGUGUAGCCCCAGCAGUGCCACGUGCCAGUGCCCAUCAGUGCCACAUCAAUGCCACAUAUCAGUGCAUACCAGUGCACAUCAAUGCCACAUAUCAGUGCCCAUCUGAGCUGCCUUUCAGUGUCACCCAUCAGUGCCAGUCAGUGCCACCUAUCAAUGCCAAUCAGUGCUGCCAAUCAGUGCCACCUAUUAGUGCCAGUCAGUGCCGCCUAUCAGUGCUGUCAAUCAGUGCCACCUAUCAGUGCCAAUCAGUGCCGUCUAUCAGUGAUCAUCAGUGCCGCCUAUUAGUGCCAGUCAGUGCCACCUAACAGUGCCAGUCAGUGCCACCUAACAGUGCCGCCUAUCAGUGCCAGUCAGUGCCACCUAACAGUGCCAGUCAGUGCCGCCUAACAGUGCCAUAUAUCAGUGCCAUGUAUCAGCGAUGCCUUUCAGUGCCCAUCAGUGAUGCCUGUCAAUGCCCAUCAGUGGCACCUACCAGUGCCUCAUCAGUGCCACCUAGAAGUAUCCAUCAGUGCAGCCUAUCAGUGCCCAUUACUGCAGCCUCACUAGCGCACAUCAGUGAAGGAGAAAAAUCACUUAUUUACAAAAUUUUAGAACAAAAACUAAGAAAAAAAAUUUUUUUUUCUAAAUUUUCAGUGGUUUUUGGUUUGUUUAAAAAAAAA